UUAAAUAGUAGUAGUAUUACAGAGAAAACAGAGAGACAAAAUAAGCCCACCAGGGAAAGUAGAAGCAGUAGGGAGGAAGGAAGGGAGAUGGCGGGGGGGCGUUUGCAAACAACUGCAAUAAAUUCUCUACUUAAAGGAGGCAGAGGCAGCGACUGCUUCAGUAAACUGCUUGGCAGUAGGCAGCAGCAGCAGCGCUCCAUCGCUGCCAAACCUAAAACUUUUGACACUGCUGCUGUUGCUCAUACUGAUUCAUCAUCAUCAGCUGAUGCUGAUGCUGCUUAUCCAAAGCAAUCUGAUUUCCCCCACCACCACCACCACGACGCCGUCGAUUCCGGUGGGGUGCCCACUUCAGGAAUAAGCAGACCCCUUUCGGAAAUCUUGAAAGAGCUCAACAAGAAAGUACCAGAUUCUCUCAUCAGUGCCCGCACCGAACCCAAUGGCUUCUCCGUCAAAUACAUCCCCUGGCACAUAGUCAAUCGGAUUUUGAACUUGCAUGCUCCAGAGUGGUCUGGUGAAGUUCGGAGCAUCACUUAUUCAGCUGAUGGGAAGUCAGUUUCUGUCAUUUAUCGUGUAACAUUGUAUGGAACUGAUGCAGAGAUAUAUCGGGAGUCAACAGGAACUGCGUCUGUAGGUGAACCGGGUUAUGGGGAUGCAGUGCAGAAGGCAGAAGCAAUGGCAUUUCGUCGAGCAUGUGCUCGCUUUGGGCUGGGGCUUCAUCUUUAUCACGAGGACGCGCUGUGAGCGGCCACCUGCACAUCUUGAAUGCGGUUGAUCUCUGCCUAUUCUUUUCUUCUUGUAUAUAGAGCUGGCCUUUGCAAUGAAAUCCUCCCUGUGUUUCUUGAAAUGACUUUUGGACACUGGAGAUGACAUAAUUGACAUAGCGUGGGAUGAUAAACUUGUUUAGAAUGUUGCCUGCCCCACCACCGCUUUUGCUAUUCUAAGAUUGGGAUGUGAUUUUUUGUCUUUCGCAAAAAAAAAAAAAAAAAAA